UUAUUAGUAAACCGUGAUUGUUACCAAUUUGUUGGUGUAUGUUGCCUGUUAUGGAAGUUGUGUAUUGCGUUAGGAACUAGAGCUAAACGGAAAGUUUCUUUUGUGACAUAUUUGACAGUGUAGACUUUUAAAAUAUUGAAGAUUAGGAUUGUCCAGUCUCCGGUGAAAUUUUAAAAUGGGAGCUGCUUUAGGUCUUUGUUCUGCUGCGCAGCUGGCAUGUUGCUGUGGGAGUGCUGCUUGUAGUCUGUGCUGCUCAGCAUGCCCGUCAUGUCGUAAUUCAACAUCAACACGCAUAAUGUAUGCUGUGAUGUUGCUACUGGGUACUAUUGCAGCAUGCAUUACUUUGUCUCCAGGUCUCCAAGAUGCUUUAAAGAAAGUACCAUUUUGUAGCUCAAAUGAUUCAAGUGCAUUGUCCUUUAAGAAUCUUUACCCAACAUGGCAAUGUGAAUCUGCUGUGGGAUAUCUGGCAGUGUAUCGUCUAUGCUUCGCCCUUUCUGCUUUCUUCUUUCUCAUGGCACUCAUUAUGAUUGGUGUCAAGACAUCAAAGGAUCCUCGUGCUGGCAUUCAGAAUGGUUUUUGGGCUAUUAAGUACCUACUGGUGAUUGGUGGAAUGGUUGGUGCAUUCUUUAUCCCUGAGGGUUCAUUUGGAACAACUUGGAUGUAUUUUGGCAUGAUUGGUGGUUUCCUGUUUAUCAUCAUUCAGCUAAUUCUCAUCAUUGAUUUUGCACACUCCUGGGCCGAGAGCUGGGUUGGUAACUAUGAGGAAACAGAAUCUAAAACUUGGUAUGCAGCAUUGCUUAUUUUCACAUUACUAAACUAUGCACUAGCCAUUACUGGUAUAGUGUUGCUGUUUGUCUUCUUCACUCUGCCUGAUGAUUGUGCACUAAACAAAUUCUUCAUCUCAUUCAACCUAAUUUUAUGUGUAAUUGUGAGUGUAUUGUCCAUCCUGCCCAGUGUGCAAGAGACGCAACCGCGCUCAGGCUUAUUGCAGUCAUCUGUCGUGACUCUGUAUGUCAUGUAUCUCACAUGGUCAUCUGUUUCCAGCCAGCCAUAUAAACCAUGCAAUCAUGGAUUCCUGGGUGUCACUGGGAUGAAGUCAGAGAGCACUUUCGACAGUGAGAGUAUUGUGGGUCUUGUCAUCUGGAUGUGUUGUGUUCUGUAUUCUUCAUUGCGUACGGCAUCUAGUUCAUCUAAAAUCACCAUGUCAGAGCAUGUUCUUGUCAAGGAUAAUGGAGCUGUACGCGGCCAAGGAAAUCUGUCGUUGGUCAGUAAUGAAGGUGGUGAUGGAGGAGAGAGUGGACACUCAUCAGAUAAUACCAAAGUGUGGGACAAUGAGGAGGAUACAGUAGCAUAUUCCUGGUCUUUCUUCCAUGUCAUGUUUGGUCUAGCCACUCUUUAUGUCAUGAUGACUUUGACCAAUUGGUACUCGCCAAACUCAACACUGGAAACACUGAAUGCAAAUGAAGCAUCCAUGUGGGUUAAGAUUAUUUCAAGCUGGCUGUGUCUGGCAUUAUAUGCAUGGACAUUGGUAGCCCCAAUCUUGUUGCCAAGCCGGGAGUUCAACUGAAGAGCUAGUAUUCUGUGCAUACUUAAAAUAUUUUGAUUUAUGUAGAAAUACAUAUACAACAUUUUGUUCCAAUGCAAAUAUGUGAUGUUAUACAAUGCAGUUCUUGAAAUGGGUUCAGGUAAGCAUAGAAAGCUGGAGAACUGCAUUAAUGAAAUUGUAACAAUUUAUAAUGUUAUGUGUAUGUAUUUUAAUAGAGAGUAUAACUUGCUUAUAGAAUUCCUUUUGUUAAUUCUCCUCAUUGCUUUACUGGAAGGCAUAAGGUCUAUAGAAACAGAAAUUAUAGUUCAGAUAUCGAAAUCUGAUAACAUUUAACUGUGGAUAGUGAUAUUAUUCUUGUCAUGUUUGUGGGAUCAUGUAUGUUAUUCUGUGACUAUUUUCAGCAUAAACUUGAAGUUUCUGUGAAUAUUAUAUCUAAUCUGUCAUCCAUUAUGUAUGUUGCUUGUUUCUAGAUAUAAAUAGUGAUGCAUAUAAUAGAAAUUAAUAUACAGGGUAAGUCGAAAGUAGCUGCACAACUUUGGAGAACUGUAACCGUGCUCUUUCCUCGCCACUAUAAGUCUCAAUUGUGUUUUCCACAAUUCAUAAGCGCUGUCAGUGACAACGUGAAGAACUACAACAAACAAAACUUGAGGUUACACUCUACAGAUAUCUGUUGAUAUCAGCACAUUUUGGCUGCAGGUAACACGGUUACAGUUCUCCAAAGUUGUGCAGCUACUUUUGACUUAUCCUGUAUAAUUAAACACUUAGAUUGACAUUUUACUGCAUUUCCCAGUUCAAACAUUGAAUGAAGUCAUAUUUAAGGUAUGUACUAUAAAUUAAAUAGUGUGGCAGGAAAAUAUAUAAUGCUUAGUUUUUAAAAUAGUAAUAUAAGAAAAAUGCAGUUAUCUGUGUAUUAUUUUUCUUUAUAAAAUCUCAUAAUGUGGCUUCGGUGUUCAUCUGUUACUUCCAUUUUCUGAAGUUUAAGAUUAAUUUUUUAAUAAAUGUCAUUAUCCUGAGGAUUUUCUAUAAAUGAAAUGUUUCCAAUUAAGUAGUAAAAGCCUGACAGAAACAUAAUGCAAUCAUAAUUAAUAACAUGUAACAUUUACUGAAAUACUAUGUAAGCACUAGAUAAUGUAGGUGUACCUCUUGGAGAAUGGAUUCUAUGGGGGUUGUGUAAUAUGAGUAGUUUCACAGCAUUCUGUGAGGACAGGUUUAGGAACUGUAAGAUAUACCCACCACAUGUGUAUGAGGUUUUGUCAGGAGUUGAUUAAAACCUUGAUACAGGUUAAAUAAUUUAAUAAUGUAAACACUUUUUGAAACAACAUUUACACAUUGAAACACAGUAGAAAGUGGUGGUAGUUGUUUGCAUUGUAUUCUGUUCUGAAAAACUUUGUAAAUAAAGCAGUUUGCAUACCGA